CGGCCUUGAGAUGGCCUUCGCAGGCUCGUUUGCAAGUUCGCGCCCCUUUUCAGGCUUACACGAUGCACCUGUUGCAGAAAGCUAUGCUUCCAGUUCUCGAGCCAAACCUCCACCUCCUCGACCCUCUCUAGACCUACCUGCUUUACAAGAGGCGAGUCGUCUCAUCCAGGAACAAUUCAUCAAGGAUGCCCAAAUAGUUCCAGAUCUUGGAGAUAUGCUUUCCAUGACUCCAGGCCAGUCGUCCGCGUCUUACACGAUCUUCCCUGGUGAUUAUCGCGUCCCGUAUCAAAAACGUAAACAUGUUGGCAUACCUCCGGCUUUGUGGGAACAUUUUCAAACAUCAAAAUUUAUAUGUCAUAUGGGUAUUAUGGCAGAGAUAGAAAGGGCGUGGAUCGCUUUGGAUCACAAACUUUUUCUAUGGGACUAUAUUGAAGGGCAGGAACUAAGUUCCUUUGUGGAACAACCAGACGUGAUCACUCAUGUUGCACUGGUCAAACCCAAGCCGAACGUCUUCGUCGACGAAAUCACUUCCCUACUUGUCAUCUGCACUCAAGUUUCUGUCGUUCUUCUUGGAUUAUCGUCACAAGCAAGUGCGGGUCCAGAUUACCGGAAACAUAAAGAAAUCAAGCUCUAUGCGACCGACAUGUCGGUCUCAACAGAUGGUGUUGAGAUGACUUCAGUAACGGGUACAGAAGAUGGCAGGAUAUUUAUGUGUGGAGUAGGCGACGGCUGUGUUUAUGAACUGCAUUACCAGGAGAAGGAAGUGUGGUUUGGAAAGCGAUUUCACCUAGUGAAUCACUCGGCAGGUGCCAUACCGAGUUUCAUUCCUUUGUUCAGGACGGCACAUAACGAAGAACGUGUAAUCUCCGUCGUCUUUGAUCAGGCGCGAAAUUAUAUCUACACCCUCAGCGAACAUAACUGGAUUUCAGUCUGGAAACCCGAACCAAAUAAAGUAUUGCGCAAAGUCCAGACUUUAUCUAACCUUCAGAAGCAGGCACAGGAUAAAGCACCCGGCGCGCCAGCUCUCUUACAAGGUCUCCGGUUACUUUCAUUGCACGUUAUCGAGCAGCGCGAAUCAAAGUCUGGUAUCCAGCUGGUGGCUCUAUCACAAAACGGCGUCAGGCUUUACUUCUCAUCGGCACCAGCAAGCUACGGUGGUUAUGGCUAUGGGGUUCAAUACGGCCCUGUAGAACCGAAACAGCUUCAUCUAAUACAUGUCCGAUUACCUCCAAUGAAUCUUGUUCAUCCAGAUGAACAACUUCGUCCUCAUGCUGCACCAGUGUACGGCACGAUGCCUCAAACGGUUCCUGGCUCCUCGCCCUGGAUCGUGAAAGACCUGACUGCGGCCGCCUAUGUUGACGGUCUAUUGGUCGCUGCUCAACCAAGCGAUGUAGAUGGGAAGGAUUUCAUCUUGGGUAUUUCUCCUGAUCUUUCCAGGAUUGGAUCGUUAGGACAGGCCCAACCGCCUUCCGCACCUCAAGCACCGGCACCAAGUUACUAUCAUCCUGCUGCAACGGGUGGAUAUUUACCUCCCCCGACCACCUCGCGACCUCCUUUAACAGAGCAGGCGACUCUACUUUAUGUUGAAGGAACAAUAUGGGCAAUCGCAUCAUCGGAGACUAAUGGUCCUGCUCCCGCCAUUGCAUCAACUUCUCCGCAGCCGGUCACUACAAACGACUUGGCGACCCAAUUCUCCCAUCCACAGCACGAGUUCAUAAUCGUCACUAAUGUCGGUAUCAGUCAUCUUGUCAAACGACGAACGCUGGAUUAUCUACGAGAUGCUAUUGAGGAGGCCCUCUCAGAAGGAAACCUACAACCAAUCAUUGACUUCCGAGAUAGUUUUGGACGCGAUCAGACGUGUGCCAUGCUACUUGCUCUGGCGAGUGGCAACACUUUUUUAGCAACCGAGAAGAAUAGACACUCGCUGUAUGACGACGUAGGGACGGUUGGUUCAGAGAUGGCUGCCCUAGCAAAACAAGCGUUCUACGACUUAGCAGAUCGACCGAUUUGGGUUGAUCGAGGAUAUGGCGGGGAUGGUCAAGGCAACGUCAUCUUCAGUGGGCGAAGGGAAGGCCUUGCAUUAUAUUUUGCACGUCUUGUCAGACCGUUGUGGCGAGCCAGGAUCACGAAGACAGGGCCAUCGGGACAGUCUUCAAACUUUGAUGAUAGAACUUUGGUCGCUGUCCAAAGGAACCUCUAUGCCUUGAAGAAUAUGCUGGAUAGCAAUCCACAACUCUUCAGCUCUACCCCAAGUGACCAAGUCGGUGCCGGCGGUCGGCAGCAUGCCGAACACGAUGCUUGGAAGGUCGAAGCCGCUUCAGUCUCUCAUUUGCACGCAUUAAUUGGAAGGACGGCGGAAGCCAUCGCAUUUGUCCUACUGCUGAUAGAUUAUCACCUCGGCGAUUUGGUCGCACAAUGCGACAAAGACACGCAGACACUGAUUUCCUCACUAACGUAUGAAGAACUCAUCGCGGCUGAAAGCGGACUACACGUCUCAAGGAUGUUAGUGAAUGUGAUCAUAAAUAGUCAGAUCGGUCAACAGAUCAGUAUUGACACGGUUAGUGAGAUCCUGCAGCAGAGGUGUGGGUCAUUCUGCAGUGCCGAUGAUGUGAUGUUGUAUAAGGCACAAGAGAACGUUCGUAAAGCUGUUGAUCUCCGAGAUCCAAACGAGAAGCAAGUGGUUUUGGGCGAGUCUCUGAGAUUAUUCACGCGAGCCGCACGGGUGAUAGAAUUCGAAAAGCUUCGCGAAAUCUGCGGUGAUUAUCAGCAUCUAAACUAUGUUAAAGGUGCUAUUGAAUUGCCGCUACAAUGCGCUGCGGUCGCGGACGAGGACAAUGUUGGCCUGAAUUACUGGCUAUCCGGUUCACCUGCAAAUGACCCUCGGUCUGAUCUCUUAGAGAAGCGAAGGAAAUGCUAUGAGUUGAUUAUCCAUUCUUUGUUGGUGUUCGACGAGCAGUGCGCGAAGAAUCCCGCGAGGCAAGACUUCGAGGAGGUUCGGAGCCUUGCGUAUGAGCUUUCGCUGUCAUCUGAAGACCCCGUCUUCCAUUCACAUCUGUACGAGUGGAUGGUGAAGCAAGGAAUGACGGACAGGCUAUUAGAAUUACGUCCGUUCUUCUUAGAAGCUCACUUGCUUCGAGAACCAGCUUCAGCGGAUAAGUACCAGCUGCUGUGGCAAUUGUACGUCAAGAAUGGCCAGUAUCUAAAGGCCGCCGAGGUUCUAGCAGCUCUAGCACGAUCCUUUGAAUUUGAUCUGCCGUUGCAAGCUCGACUUGAAUUCCUCACUCUUGCCGUUAGCAAUGCCAAGUCUCACCCAGUUUCUGUGAAUGGGAAGCAUGAGGCGGCAAUAGCUUUCCUUUCGGAGCUAGGGGACCAGUUGGAGGUGGCUCAGGUUCAGAUGGAAUUGUUCUAUACUUUGCUGCCGCGUAUCGACGAACCAGGCGAAGUAGGCGAACAGAUACAGCUUUUACAAAAACGCCUUUUCAACGUUACGGAGUUAUACCAACUCUAUGCUGAGCCUUUCGACCUUUCGUCAAUAAAACUACUGAUUCUACAUGUCUCGGAGCACCGUGAUGAGGCUAUCGUGAAGCCGAUUUGGAAUGCAAUCUUUGACGAGGUAACUUCCACUGGAACGCCUGACGAACAGGCUGAUAGGCUAUCAUCUAUCAUCGUAACGCACGGACGAAGAUUUUAUCCUUCGGAGUGUGCUUUCCCACUCCGCUAUGCUGCAACACUACUCGUCAAGUUCACGCUUAGCAAUAUCGACGUGAGACCACCUGGCUGGGCACCUAGGGUGCUCAAAGAAUGUGGAGUACCAUAUUCUGAGAUUUGGGAUAUACUACAUGAGAUGUAUGAAUCUCAGGUUCCGCCGUUCAGUAACCAGCAAAACAUCCAGGCAGUCUCUUCGGACAUUGCUAUCGUGCUCAAAGACUGGGUCGAAGAUGCUCGCAGACCGCAAUCCUCAUUAUCGAGAGGUGACCUUCCAGUCGACUUAAUAGAUCGAUCUAUUACAAAGUAUAUCGAGGAACUUGCUCCGGACAGGAAGGAGACAAAAGCUGUGUUUGAAGAUGUAAAACGACAAUUGCACCGAUACUGGUAG